UGCUGGCCAAUGGCGAUCGAUCGAAGAGCCGUGAGUGAGAAAAGCCAGGCCAUCACUGUCACUGACCUACUCGUAGGCAGGUUGCCUGUUGGCAUGUUCGCUUGGCCUGGUGAGCCCUCUCGCCCCUCGCUGCAACCAGACCUCGCACCGUGUGUCUGCGUUUCUGCCACCACACACACACACACACACACAGACAUAUACACGCACACACAGUUUCACUCCAUAUGUGUUUACUUUUUCUGCGAGACUUGUGACAUUCGAUGGAUCCUUUAGCCACAUCAUUUACGGAGUUUCUGUCACGUCGUGACGACUAAUAAGUGACUGGUACGAGGUGUUCGGUGGGUUCGAUGGAGCUCGCCCGUUCCAUACUUGGUGUGGGUGGGCAACAUGAUGGCUAUUCAAAGGGAGCUCCCAUCGCGGAUACUCUCUCGGAGGACGAAGAUGAACCUGAGGUGUCGGAAGCUGUUUCGGUGCGUGCCAGUGUAUUCGGUCGCAAUAGCGGCUAUUCACCGUCGCCUGGGGGCCCCUUCUCCGCACUCAUUCCUUCCAUGUGGCCACUGGACCUGUUUGCUUCGUUCGCGCAACCCGAGGAUGUAGGUUGUCACCAUGAGUGCCGGUACGACGAAUUUGGCUUCCGUUUGGAGGACGAACACUCGCCGCACAGAAAAAGACAGGCCUCUUCUUUUACGAAUAGGAUAGGCAGCGUAGAUGGGACGACAUCGGGAAACAAUGACAGCAACGACAGUGCCUCACCUCUUGAAAUAGCCACGCAUCGUGAUGAGUGGAUUGGGUACCUCGAGUUUGCGCAUUCGGACAACACAAACGCUGAACUCACUUGGCAUCAAAUCGAUCGUUACCUUGAUAAAACCGACAGACUCUGCACGAUGAUCACUAAAAAAGGUAUCCCGCACUCACUGCGGCCACAGCUGUGGAUGCGACUAUCGGGAGCAUUCCGAAAACGCGAUACCUCAGACCUAAAUUACCAUGAUAUCGUAAAGGCAUCCGCUGGAGAUCAUCAGAUGACUUCGAAACAGAUCGAGAAGGAUCUGCUUCGAACUCUGCCAAAUAAUAUUUGCUUUGCUAAAAAAGACUCCACUGGUAUUCCACGCCUUCGUCGAAUUCUCCGGGGGAUCGCUUGGCUUUACCCAGAUAUUGGCUAUUGCCAAGGGAUGGGCAUGGUGGCAGGUACCCUUCUGCUUUUCCUUGAAGAGGAGGACGCGUUUUGGUUACUGUGCACUAUUAUUGAAGAUCUCUUGCCACCAUCGUACUUCGCGACCACUCUUCUUGGAGUGCAGGCUGAUCAAAAAGUACUCAGAGCACUCAUUGAUACGGAACUACCGCAGCUUCACGCACUUCUGCUGGAACAUGACAUCGAGUUAAGCUUGAUCACUCUACAAUGGUUCCUGACAGCGUUCGCUUCGGUUCUCAACACACGAUGCCUUCUUCGUAUCUGGGAUCUCUUCUUUUUUCACGGCUCCAUCCUGUUAUUUCAGGUGACCCUGGCGAUACUUCACAGUAAGGAGUCAGAGCUGGCUAACCUCGAGAACUCCGCGGAAAUCUUUAAUGCGCUGUCAGCGCUCCCUGGAGAACUUGAAAGCUCAAAGCUCGAGGAGUUGAUUUCGUCUAGCCAGAAAUUUGAACUGUACCAAGAAAAUAUAGACCAGCUUCGACGGAAGCAUCUGGCCUAUCUGAUGGCAGAUCAAGGGGUUCUCCUUAAUCCUGAGAGCGUACACAACCUGCCUAAACAGCACCUAACAAAGCGACAACUCAAACGAGGCAAAUCGGUCGUGCAAGUCAUUCUUGGCACGGCGACCAAUGCCAUGAAUGAGGAAAGUCGAGACGAGUUGGUGAGAACGAAAAACAUUAAACAAACCGAAAUACUCGUUGACCUACGAGAGGCUAUCUUGCAGAUAGCACGUCAUUUCACGUCUUUAGACCCGAAGUUGAAGAUUAACCUUACUGCUGAUUAUUCAAUGGAAUCACACGCGAAGGAUCAUCAACAGUUUACUAUCGCUAUCGGUAACAGGCAAAAGCGCGCCAAGGCAUUGCUCGAUUUUGAGCGGUCAGACAAUGACGAGCUCGGCUUCAAGAAAAACGACAUUAUUACCGUCGUCAGCCAGAAAGAUGAACACUGUUGGAUCGGUGAACUGAACGGCUGUCGCGGCUGGUUCCCUGCAAAAUUUGUCAAACUGCUGGACGAACGUUCGAAGCCCUAUUCGCUGGCGGGAGACGACACCGUCACAGAGGCCAUCACGGAUCUUGCUCGCGGCGUCCUUUGUCCGGCUAUCAAGGCUGUUCUGGAGUACGGAAUGCGUCGGCCCUCGUUCGGUCAACUAUCUAUUAGUCCACAACAUCCAUGGCAGUUCAUCGAGGAGGCGGCUAGUCGCCAGGUUGAAAAAGACCUCGAUUCAGUCUACUCGAGGCUCGUGCUCUGCAAAACCUUCAGGCUGGACGAGGAUGGGAAAGUGCUUUCUCCUGAAGAGCUUCUAUUUCGGUCAGUACAGACGAUUAAUGUGACACACGAUGCGGCUCAAGCUGCUUUAGAUGUGAAGUUACGCACACUUGUGUGCCUUGGUCUCAACGAACAGCUGCUUCACCUUUGGUUCGAGGUGCUCUGCUCACGAGUGGACGUCGUCCAUAAGUGGUACCAUCCCUGGUCCUUCGUCAACUCCCCGGGCUGGGUGCAAAUCAAAUGCGAACUCAGGUUAUUGAAUCAAUUUUCAUUUAAUUUGAGUCCAGACUGGGAACUACCGAAUAAGACUCCACCGUCGCAGGAACCACUCCGGGAAGGUGUUCGUGACAUGCUGGUGAAACAUCAUCUUUUCAGUUGGGAUCUCUGAGCAGCAGCAGAUCAGAUCGGAUCAAGACGGCUUUGUUUUUAUACCGAUAUGGAUGUCGUGUUGCCUUCAGCAAUCGACAGAGUCAACUUCUUCGAUGCCUUACCUUUUAGCGUUUGGCAUCCUUGUGGAAAGAAUGGAUAUUGAACUUUAUCUAUAAACUAAGGCAGGGACAGAAAUGGCCUGCAUAGAACAUUUUCCAGUCACCACUAAAUUACUAAAGGGAAAUUUCAAGUCUCGGAGAAGGAUAUCUGAAAAAUGUGAUAAAAAAAAAAACAUUAUUUUAGAUACACUUAUACUUUUUCAAAUUAGCACUAGGAGGUACGUUUUAUUACAACAUUAGUUCGAGCUUUCAAAAAUAAGCCUUAUUAGACGUUCUGGCUAUCUACGGUACUCGUCAUAUACAGUAGUGCAAAAUGAGCAAAUUUCCCCAUUUAGCAUCAAGCGUCAAACAAUAUUUUCAAGAUGAUAUCGACGAAAAGUGUUGCCUGAGAGUUGUGACUGACUUCUGCACAAGAGACUAUUUGACGGCCACAUUUGGGUAUACGGCCUCUGAUCUCGUCGUGAUCAAGGCGCAUCCAUCCAGAAAAGGAAGAGGAAGAGACAAAGCGAGAGGGUAUUUCAAAUUUUACACGUUUUCGUUUGCUCUACAAGGCGCAGUAAAUGGAACAUAAAAAUUACCUGCCUGUUAGACGACGUAGCAACGUCGUGAGUCUUUUAGCCUGGCGUUUUGCACAGUCGGGGAUCGAGGAAAAGGCGGAUGUUCAUGGGAACGUCGAAAUACCCAGUAACAAUGACGGGAAGAGUGAUACGUCGAAAGAGAUGCGUCGAAGGUAAUGAUAAUAGCAAACAAAGAUGCAAUGUAGCGGAACGAAUUACUGUUUACUUACUGUUGAUCCCUCUAUUGUGUGGAUGCGGGGUGCGCUAUAUUCAGUGCGGACAACCUGCAGACCUAGCCACCGCAUAAAUUAAUAUGUAAUUAGUUCGAUGUUCUAUAGACACGAAUACUUUAUUCAUUUUGUGCUACCAUGAAUAGGGAAUCUUCCUUAUCUGUACAUAUAAUAUACUUUAUCUUACGCUCCUGUGUUUCUCGGUAAAAAAUGUCGAUGCUGUUUACUUUCUCUCAGCAAUGCUGGAUUGAAUUUGUGCGGAAGUAUAGACCGACCGGGUUGGAACGUAUGUAAGCACUAAGGGUCAAAUAAAUAUGCCAUACGGAAACAGGUCGACAUCGACGUACGCGCGCCCAAAACGUGCGACGCGCCAGCCGAAUUGUCGUAUUGUUCUUGUUUCUAUCCAGCCCCGUUUCUGCGCGACCCCGACUAUUUAUACUUAUGUAGAGUGCCUGUUAUAUUCACACAAAGUUAAACUUGACGUCCAUCUUGCCAUCAGCGAUGUACAUUAUCAACAUUUUUUGUUACUUAAUAGCAACAAGAAUUUACGAAAAAAUAAUAAAUACUGCGUUUUGAAAGUUGUCAUACUUCACAUAUUUAUUAAACUCUCUAGACUAGUUUGUAUGUAAUGUACCACUAAAUACUCCAUUUGUGUGAACGACUCCUGCAUACGGCACUAUACUGGGUCAACAAUAUAAUGGGCCUGCUACGAUCGAUAGGAACUUUGGACACGGCAGAAAAUCAGCGCGUAGGAUAUUUUCGAUGCGUUUUACCUAAACACGCAGGUACAUUAAACAAAUUACAUACAAUGACAGCUUCGUUGAGUAGAAUUUUUUUUGACGUUCAUCUGUUACUCAUUAGCAAUCGGUAGAUAGUCUACGGCCCUGUCCCUGAGCUGUGAUAAAUAUAUUUCUAAUUUUCAUUGUCAGACAGAACUUUCUAAGAAUAGUAUAUAGUAGCUUUGACAUCUUUCAACUAACCAAACUCAGGUUGCCCCGAUCUUUUCUUCAUAAUUUUACGUUAUAUAAAUGAAUAAAUCCAUUUUGUUUGUUGACCGUUUAUUAUUUGCUUACUU